CAUAAACACACUGAGAGUUAGCAAUGGGGGUGGUAAGUGGGACCCAUUGAUUUUUCACCCUCAUCUUGUUCUUGUUCUUCUACUACUUCUUCUACUUGUUACUUUCUGAGCUAACCUUUCCCUUUCUCUCUUUUUUCCUUCAUCAAUGGUGGUGGUGGCUUUUGAGAAAGCUCUGUCUUUUGUCUCUUGGAGCUCAAAAGCAAGAGCACCUUAGAUUUUAAGAUCGGAUUCGCUUUCAUUCUGUCCCUUUUCUCAGAGAGAGCAACAAGUUCUUGUAGUUAAAUCUGAUGCUGAAGAGUGAAGAUUGAGGAACUUAAAGUUUGAAGUUUAAGGGGUGCUUUUGAUUACAAAUAAUAUGGAUCAAAAUAGGGGAGAGAGCUGGAGGGAAUUAGUGAAGAAGAUGCUUCCUCCUGGUGCUUCCAUACCUGCUGAUGCUUCUAAUCUUGAUUACUCCAUAGCAAUGGAAUAUGUUGGUCCACCAGUUUCAUAUGAUGUACCAAGAGUUGAGCCCUUUGACGCAAACUCAAGAGCAAUUCCCACUGCUCAACCACUCUCUGGAUCACAAAGAUCAAGUACUCAUGGGGGCCAUAUGGUGAUUGAACCAAUCCCUCUACCGGUGUCUCGUAUUGCUGGCGUAACGAGCUCUCCUAAUCAAAGUCCAAGGGUGUCAGGAAGUUCAGAUUCUGUGGUUUCUGUCUUACAGAACCCAGAUCUUUCUUCUGCGACACCUUCGGCUUCGCCUGCUUCAGUUCAUAAUCCUCCUAGCAAUCCUCCUAAGCCAGGUAAUGAAGCGAAGAGAGCACCGGUUGUCACUUUUAAUACUGUUGAUAGACCUCAGAGGAAAGAGGUGGAGGUUGUGAAGCCAGUUUAUUCGGAAUACGUUGGAGUUUUGAAAGAAAGGAAGAAAAAGAAAAUAAGAGUUUGUUAUAGGUGUGGAAAAGGGAAGUGGGAAACAAAGGAGUCUUGCAUAGUUUGUAAUGCCAAGUAUUGCAGCAACUGUGUGCUUAGGGCAAUGGGAUCAAUGCCUGAAGGACGUAAAUGUGUAACAUGCAUUGGUCAGCCAAUUGAUGAAUCGAGGAGACUGAAAUUGGGUAAAUAUUCAAGGGUGUUGUCCCGACUGUUAAGUCCUCUAGAAGUCAAGCAAAUUAUGAAAGCAGAGAAAGAAUGUUCUGCUAAUCAGCUUCGGCCAGAGCAGUUGAUUGUCAAUGGAUUGCCCCUGAAGCCUGAAGAGAUGGCAGAAUUACUUGGAUGUCCCUUACCUCCACGUAAGCUGAAGCCUGGUAGAUAUUGGUAUGACAAAGAAUCUGGUCUCUGGGGAAAGGAAGGGGAAAAACCUGACAGAAUCAUAAGUUCAAACUUGAAUUUCAAUGGGAAACUUAGCCUCGAUGCUAGUAAUGGAAACACCGAGGUUUACAUGAAUGGUCGAGAGAUCACAAAACUUGAAUUGAGGGUACUCAAGCUGGCAAAUGUGCAGUGUCCACGUGAUACACACUUUUGGGUCUAUGACGAUGGUCGUUAUGAGGAGGAAGGUCAAAAUAAUAUCAGAGGAAACAUUUGGGAGAAGGCCUCAACAAGAUUCGUAUGUGCCUUAUUCUCUCUACCCUUUCCCCAUGGUCAGCCUCAUGGGCAAAAGGAUGAAACUAGUCACUAUACCACAGUUCCUAAUUAUCUGGAACAGAAAAAGACUCAGAAGCUUCUUCUUCUUGGAAUUCAAGGAUCUGGCACUAGCACUAUAUUUAAGCAGGCCAAGUUUUUGUAUGGGAACAGAUUUUCUGAUGAAGAGCUUCAGGAUGUCAAAUUGAUGAUCCAGAGUAACAUGUAUAAAUAUCUUAGUAUUUUACUUGAUGGAAGAGAGCGCUUUGAAGAGGAGGCUGUUUCUAGAAUGAAUGGACAAGGUUCUCCCGGUCAAACUAUGGAAACAGGUAGCAAUGGUGAAGCAAGUAAUACUAGUGAAUGCAUCUAUUCCCUCAACCCAAGACUAAAACAUUUCUCUGACUGGCUCCUGGACAUUAUAGCCACUGGGGAUUUAGAUGCCUUCUUCCCUGCAGCCACACGGGAAUAUGCACCAUUAGUUGAAGAAGUAUGGAGGGACCCUGCAAUACAAGAAACCUUCAAAAGAAAAGAUGAGCUUCACUUUCUUCCAGAUGUUGCCGAGUACUUCUUAAGCCGGGCUGUUGAGAUAUCUAGCAAUGAAUACGAACCUUCUGAAAGGGACAUAGUAUAUGCAGAAGGGGUUACUCAGGGAAAUGGUUUGGCUUUCAUGGAGUUUUCUCUUGAUGACCGUGUCCCAAAGUCUGAUACUUAUUUGGAGAACUUGGAUGCUCAACUGCCACCACUGACCAAGUAUCAACUCAUUAGGGUGAAUGCCAAGGGCCUAAAUGAGGGCUGUAAGUGGGUUGAAAUGUUCGAAGAUGUUCGAGCCGUGGUCUUUUGCGUUUCCCUAAGCGACUACGAUCAGUUGUCGCUUUCCCCAGACAGUAGUGGCAGUGGAACACUUGUUCAAAACAAGAUGGUACAAAGCAAGGAGCUUUUCGAGACGAUGGUGAGGCACCCUUGCUUCAAAGACACCCCUUUGGUGCUAGUCCUUAACAAGUAUGAUAUCUUUGAGGAAAAGAUUAGCAGGGUGUCCCUAAAUACAUGUGAAUGGUUCAGCGAUUUUUGUCCAGUUCGUGCACACCAUAAUAACCAAUCACUGGCCCAUCAAGCCUACUUCUAUGUUGCCAUGAAAUUCAAGGACCUUUAUGCAUCCCUCACAGGGAAAAAACUCUUUGUGGCACAAGCCAGGGCAAGGGACCGAGUAACUGUUGAUGAGGCAUUCAAGUACAUAAAAGAGAUCCUGAAAUGGGAUGAAGAGAAGGAGGAAAAUUUCUAUGGUCCACCUGAGGAUUCAUUUUACAGCACAGACAUAAGCUCCUCUCCCUUUAUCAGACAAGAGUGAAUGAGUGUCCAUAAAAAAAUAUAUUAUUAUUUGGCUGUUGAAAAGGGUUAAAAAUGUAACGUGCUGGCCAGCUUGUGUUCUAUGAUCCUAUAUGUAUUUGAAAUGUUAAGUGAAAGUUAUUGAUGGUUUUGGUAGAGUUCUUUAAAGCUGAACCUUUGUAGUGUAUAGCUGCAUGCUUGCUUUUUCUUUGCAUGUGGAGGAGCUGUUAAUUGGUCUCGUGCCUUCAGACUU